AGAUCAGCUCUCCAAGUGAGUGGACUGAUUGACUCAGUUUCUCUGAUAGAACAUUAGGAUGGAAGGGCCAAAAGGCAGACAGGGGUGAUUGCCAAAAGCUGACUGCACCCCCGGAGGCGCUCCAAGUGAGAAGCGAGAUUCUCGCCUGAUCCCUUCACAGCGAAUAUAACACAGUAGAAAACUCCGCGGUCUUCGCCCAAUCGACGAAAUGGAAACUCAGGAGGUCGAAUUCAUCGCUGAGAAUACUCUCAUCGAAAUCGUGCCCAAAUUCAACCACGCAGUCAUACACCUGAUCACCGGAGAUUUCGGACCGUUCAUAGCUGGGAUGCCUGUUUCGGUCCCCCUCUGGGCAGCAUUGAAUUUCCGACAGAGACAGAAGUGCAGAAUCCUUCCUCCAGCUUGGAUGACAGUCGAGGAACUGGAAAAGAUCAAGCAGGAAGAGAAGGACAGUCAAGUUUUUACCAGAAUCCCCAGCGAGCACUACAGAGAGAUAACACAACUGCUGCUGGAGAACGCUACCCCUGAUAUACCAAGAGCAGAUGAAGUUCAUACACUAGUCAAAGACAUCUGGGAUAUGCGUUUAGCAAAGCUCCGGUCGUCCACGGAUGUCUUCAUCAAAAGUGAUGAAGUCCACGCUCAGGUUGAUCAUCUCACAAUGAUGGAACUCAAUACGGUCAGGCCUCUCUUACUAACUUCACUUAGAUUCGUCUCUCGUCUCAAGAAGAACCCCGAGGAGCAAAACUCCACGAUCAACGACUCCAGUACGAGCUUCAGUGUAUCGAUGCAAGUUUCCGACAGCGAACCCAUGCAAUAAGGCGGCCGUCGGACUGGGGCAGUUCGAGUACAUCCGACCACGAACUCUUGUAUUGAAGAUCAUAGUUUCGCGAGCACACUGUUUAUAAAGAUGAAUAACUAUUUAUA